AUGACUGACCAUCGGGUAACCGACCUCUCCCAUGGUCAACUGGGAGAAGCAACAUAUGAUCCUGAAGAACAAAGAUGGAAAUUCUCUCAAAAGUUUACGGAUGUUCCAUCGAUUAUACAGCUGCUCCCUCUGGAAGAGUGGCUAGAGCCCUCUGCCCAAGUAGGGCGCAAGGAAAAUGGCAAGGCUUCGACUCUCACCCGAAACAAGAUGAGAUGGCUUGCGAAGAAAUUGCCAGAGUCUGUUCCGGCAAGCCCUCUGAUAUCUAAGUUGGUCAGAGCCUCAUGCCAAACUUUAUUACAAAGCCCAGCUGAAGCUGGUUCGCUACUCGCGAUUGGAAGAGCUCACGACGUAGAUCGGGUAUCUGGUGUCCGAAGGCCUCGAAUCAUGGCUGUACCUUACGGAGGAGCCGGGCAUAUUCUUCGACUCAUUAAACCACGUGUGAAAACACAGGGAUGGGGCAAGGCAAGUGGGGCGAGAUUGUCCCUACUCAACUUGGAGUCUUUCGACACCGGGUAUUGGGUUGGUACCGGUGGAACUAUUCGUCAGAUUGUGUUCGCAGAUGCUGCGGACGAGAGAGAAAUAUGGCUUGCGAUCCGUCAAGAAGGUGUUACCACCGUAUUCCGGCCGAGAUAUGGGCGGGUUCAGAAGCCUGCCGUACCUGUGAACGAGGAUCCGACACUUUUUGCUCCUUCGAUGCUCGAUGCAAAUCCAAUAGCCUCUCUGACCACACAAAGAACGGGGUCUAUACAUCAUGCUGAUGUCGCCUUUAAUCCGUGGUUCCCACGUCAAGUCGCAAUAGUCGACACGCAGGGCUACUGGAGUGUUUGGGAUCUCGAGGUACAGCGUGGCAAAGAUGGGGCAGAAAGCUUCGUUCCCAGAAAGACCGGUGGGAUCUAUGUUGACCAAGAUCAAGAUUAUUCCUCGAAAUCUCCAUUGGUGGCUUCAUUGGUUGACCAUGCUGAUGGAUGGUACCGAAUCAUGUGGGUGUGCAACCUCAAUACCAUUAUUGUCUGCAAUAGACGACAUCUUGUUGUGUUCGACGUAAAGGGGGCCACUACGUUCAUCGGUCGCGCUAUUAUUUUUCCCAAAGGAAAUACCGAUUGGAUACUUGACAUCAAACGGAGCACUUCUGACUCCAAUCACCUGUUUGUGCUUACAACAACUCGGCUAUUCUGGCUCGAAAUUGUCCCUACUGAGAACCAGAGCAAGGACAAAAACAAUGCAGUCAAGAUUAUCCUGUCGUAUAUUCAUUUUAUGAGUCCGGAGGACGAGGGUAUGAAGCUUGCCUUGUUCAACAGCGACCAUGUUUCAGUUGCGAUCGCUUCUGCGAAAAUUCCGGUACUGCAGUAUUUCAGCUUUCGAAAAGAUAGAUCCGGAGCUCGAGCCUCAUCAAAGGGCACACUGAGUUUGUCAUCUUUCUCGAGCGAUGAAGAAGGGCGUUCCUUUAAAUUUCACACGGUUCAGUUUUUACCUUGCACAAUGAUUCCAAGCGCCAGCCACACCUCUGGACCUGGCCCCAAAUACAUGGAGGAUGGCGUGGAAUUCUUCCAACUGUGGGCUCUUACUUCUGACUUGGGAUUGGUCUCAACUUUGUCAGCCGUGACCGAGGGAAGCAAACAACUUGAUAUUGUGCCACCAGAAAGGAAACUUCUCAUUUCCCAGCGGUAUCGCGGCCCCAGGAUUGCCAACGAUGAUGACUUCAUUGUCCCGGACGACGAAAUUGAUAUAAUCACUCCUGAACGAAACAGCGCCUUCAACCAAGAGCUGUCCCCCGUUGAUGACCAGGUACGCCUCACACUGGACUGGAGAUGGAUUUUCCAGAAUGUGUUCUUGAAGAAGAUCACGCCUCCCGGUUGCGAUUCAAAGCUUGCAGAUCUGCUGAGCUUUGCGGUUGGCCGUAUAAAGCAGGGAAUGGAGAACAACGACCUUCAGAAUAGCACGUUAUCUGAAAUCACUGGGAUGCCCAUGCCAGGAGACGACUUGCAGCAAGCUUCUCCAGCUUUACGCGACUUUCUCAAAUCCUUAGAGCUGGAGCAGAGCCCAGAAGCAAAUCAGAUCUUGACAAUAAAGGACUUGACACAAGGAUCAAAUAUCAGAUUCCCUGAAGAUCCGGACUCAAAAUAUCCGGAUUUGAUAAACGUCUUCGAUCAGCUGGUAGAUUACUGGAUGUCUAGCCUACCGGCUAACCUGCAUAACGUCGCAAGACAUGCCAAAUUUAAGGCAAUAGGACAGCUGGCCAUGGAACUCAGCCUCAGCGCCAUCGGAAUCUCGAUUCAGGAUAGGGCUCUAAGCGUUCCAGAUGCAGUCACACAAUUGGAUGAAGAUACAGCCACUUUGCCUGGGGUCAGCAAGGACAAUGCAUCUUUUAGAGACAGCUCGCCAGUGUUAUUCUCUUCUCAGCUGGCAACCAUGCAGGAUGGGCUUGGGCUCCCAACACCUACAGCAACACCAUCGCUACACUCGCAGGCUACCUCAGUAUCGGGGCUAGUAGAAGAUCCAGUUAUUGCCAGGCUACGCCGCUAUGCACCUACUAUCAAGGCGAAAACCGACUGGACAGAAAAUACUAACGCAUCGGUUCUGUCCCAUUGGUCUACGGAACUAGGAGCCGAUCCUGCGAAAUAUUCGUACGAGACAGCAAAGCAAAAACAUGCCGCAGCAAAUUCAGGCGACGAUGUCAGACGAUCGAGUAAAAAGGAGAAGGCUAGAAGGCGUAGGAGAACGGAGGAAUUCGUCAAGGCCGUUGAACCGGCUGUUUCUCGAAGGAGCAAUUUCUUUUCGGGAAGUCAACCUGAAGCUGCGGACAAUCCGUUCAGUUCGCAGGUUUUGGAUGACAUGCCUAUGACUCAGCCAGUAGGAGGCGCCUACGGAAGUAGAACGAUGCCCCAGAGGAAGAAAAAAGCGAAGAAGUCUAGGACAGCCGGAUUCAAGUAA